AAUAAUGUACAACCAAAAUGCGACUAACUGACGUUACAGGGAUUGGCCGUCUAGGCUUGGUGGCUCGUGGCUGACUUGCGUUCAAGUAAACAGCUCAAGCCCCCUCUGAUUUCACAAACCUGGUGGGAUGUUGACGGUCCAGGCAUCUUUCGGGUGCGACUUCCGCGGCUCGAUGCUGCUCACCUCCUGCUGGCUGCUGGUGGAGGACAUUUUCGGCAUGUUUUUACCACUCAUAAUAGCCUACGAUGAGUAAAAACGAGUCGAUGAUCGUAAUGCACAAUCGAGUGUUGACACAUAUUGACGUAACAACACUGUCCACGGGAGCAAGCAAAACUAGGACUAAGCGCACGACGGAUGUCCAGAGAUGGAAGAGAAAGAAGAAAGCAGCGAAAUUCUGGCUGUUGGUGAAGAGGCUGGGAACAAUAAUUUCCGCCUUUACAUUACAUCAGUUUGCCAAAGUAGACUGUUUGCUGGAUGCAUUCAUUUUUUCAUUGCAUUAUGCAAUGUAGCUCUUAUCCUUGAAAGCGUUCUUCAGGAUGUUCCUCUGAAGGAGGCUUUGUAUGAGAUGGGCCACAACUUUUUCCUGUUGGUUUACCUCACUGAGUUCACAAUGAAGGUUUUUGUCCAUUGGCGGGAUUACUGGAGAAGCCCUUCUAACAUCCUUUCUUUCACCGUGGUUUUGGCUUUAUGUAUUUGUGCAUGUGUGGGCAUCAGAUGGCAGGAUGCCAGCAUACUGCACGUCUUUAUGUCCCUCAGACUGUUGAACACCUUACCUCACCCAGAUGUUUUACAAGCAAUUAUAGCAGCAUACCUGAGGGCAACACAGAUUUCCAUAAUUUUUUUUGCCCUAAUAUUGGAGGUGAUGCUGAUAUAUGCAGUUGUUGGACACGAUUUGUUUGCUGCUGCAGACCCUGACAGCUGGGGUAGUCUCAGCGGAGCUCUCCUGACUCUUUUCCGCUUGGCAAUAUUGGAUGACUGGACAGAAGUUCAGCAGAAACUUUGGGAAGAUGGCAUGAGCUCCAGUUGGAUCUUCACCACAUCCUUCAUCAUUCUUGUCCACUUCUUGCUCCUCAGGAUGAUCUUUGCAGUCUACUCACUGAGUGGUGGUUGUGUGAAAAUCAAGCAGAAGACCCCAACGAACACAGCAACCCAAACAAAGCUUCUAUCCCUGGAGCAAGAAUCAAUCGCCAGAGAGCUGCUUCAGGGAGAGAGAGACGUGGACAUUCAGAAAGACAUGAAGAAACUGUUGAAGAAGGUGGAGGUGUCUGUGUCUUUGCACAACAAAACAGUUGUGACCAAAAGCUGGUCCACUACGCCAGAGUACAUCGCACAACAGAUCGCACUGCUGAAAAAAAUGAAUAAAAUCAGAACAGAGUUACAGGCGUUAAACUCUGAAGUGUUGCUUGUUCUCAAGGAGAUGCUAAACCUGAGGAAUCUCCCCGAUGGUGUUGAAACGUCCAACUAAUGAAAAACUGUGAAAUUUCAACUUUUUUGUAAUUGUUCCUUGUUGUUCUUUGUAUGCUCUUUGUUAAUAUGUCAUCUGACCUCUGUUCUUGAUGUUUAUGUUUAUUUGAUUUUGUUCUUCAAACUCUACUUUGGCAGGCGACCUUUGGUUUUGAAAGGGCGCUAUAUAAAUAAAAUUGAUUAUUAUUAUUAUUAUUAACUCUGUCUUAUGGCAUUGGCCGCUUGCUUCUUCUUUCUCUAACACUUUCUCAGUGCAAAAACAACCAGCUUUUAUUUCACAUCCCGCAUGCACUUUUCCUCUAUUUGCAGACUUAUUAAUGUUGUGCUAUUAUAUUGCAACUAUUGUAGAUAUACUGGAAAAUGACUACACAAAGCAAAA